ACUUUAAUUGAUUAGUUUUGAGGUGCAUUUGGGAUUAUAUCUUAAAAGAACCCUGAGAAAUUGCAAUCACUGCUUUAUUGUUCUCUGUUACAAAAAUAAUCAAAAUAUCAAAUACCAAUGAACGAAUGUUUCUGUUUAAACCAAAAUUGACUCCCAGAGUCUUUAUAAACUUGGUAUUCAAACUUGUAAUUACAGUAAGUGUUUUUUGGACUCCAUUCCUGUGUAUUAGAGCUGAGAGGGUUUCAGUGGAGGGAUGGGAAGGUUGCGUUUAUGCAUGUGGUCAGUAUUUUUGUGUGUGUAUGUGUGCGUGCAUAUGCCACGCCGGAGCCCCGGCGCUGCUAAAUGCUGUUUUCCAACGUAAUAAUGUCGAUCUCAGCACAUGCCUGCUGGGCAGGGGAGCGAGCAGGUGAGACAGGCUGACACAGACACAGAGAGGGGGCUGGUCCAGGGUUCAAUCCCACACCUGGCCUCUAUAGUACAUGAGCGGGUUUAAAAAGAAAAAAAAAUUCAACCAAAAGUUGUGGUUUGACUUGAAGUUCCACGCCUGGGUGGCAGAUUUCUAUACAAACUGUGCUCUGCUAAGUAUUUAAUAAAAAAGAUGAACGUGUCAGACUGCUGUGGAAGUUUGUAUCGGUAGUACAGCUCGGGCCUGUACUUUCUCCAUAGGCUAGAAAUCUUGAAGCAUGGGCGACUGGAGCUUUCUGGGGCGGCUGCUGGAGAACGCUCAGGAGCACUCAACGGUCAUCGGCAAAGUCUGGCUGACUGUCCUCUUCAUCUUCAGGAUCCUGGUGCUGGGGGCCGCGGCCGAAGAGGUCUGGGGCGACGAGCAGUCCGACUUCACCUGCAACACGCAGCAGCCCGGUUGCGAGAACGUCUGCUAUGACGAGGCCUUCCCCAUCUCGCACAUCCGCUUCUGGGUGCUGCAGAUCAUCUUCGUGUCCACGCCCACCCUCAUCUACCUGGGCCAUGUGCUCCACAUCGUCCGCAUGGAGGAGAAGCGGAAGGAAAAGGAAGAAGAGGUGCGGAAAGCAAACAGGUUACAAGAGGAGAAAGAACUCCUUUAUAGAAACGGUGGCGAAGUCGGGGGAGGUGGGAAGAAGGAGAAGCCUCCAAUCAGGGACGAACAUGGCAAAAUCCGUAUCAGAGGUGCAUUGCUGCGCACCUAUGUGUUCAACAUUAUUUUCAAGACCCUGUUUGAGGUGGGUUUCAUUUUGGGCCAGUAUUUUCUUUAUGGGUUCCGGCUGAGGCCCCUGUACAAGUGUGCACGUUGGCCCUGCCCCAACACUGUUGACUGCUUCAUUUCGAGGCCCACUGAAAAGACUAUUUUUAUCAUAUUUAUGCUUGUGGUGGCUUGCGUGUCUCUUUUGCUGAAUUUGUUAGAGAUCUAUCACCUUGGAUGGAAGAAAGUGAAACAGGGCAUGAAGAAUGAGUCGGCCCCUGAUCGUGAGUCGCUGCGCCGUGUCGACAUUGCAGAGCCUGAGUGUUUGGCCUCGGCCUCCAGAACUGCCCCAUCCAGCCUCAGCUACCCUCCAAACUACACGGAUGUGACGGCGGGCAGCGGGGCCUUCCUGCCGCCCGUGGGGCCGGCAGCGGCGGCGGCGGCGGCGGCAGAGUUCAAGAUGGAUGAUCUCCACCAGGAGGACUACCUGCACCGCUCCUCCCCCUCCUCUCACUACUACAUCAGCAGCAACAACCACAGGCUGGCCACGCAGCAGAACUGGGCCAACCUGGCCACUGAGCAGCAGACUCGGGAGAUGAAGGCCACCUCCCCUUCCCCAUCCGCCUCCUCCUCCGCCAGCAACGAGAACAAUCAGCAGCCGGUUAAUGCUGCCCUGAUCCCUCCCACCAGCAACAACAGCAGCAGCAGCAGCAGCAGCAGCAGCAGCGGCGGCAGCGACUCGGCCGCUAACAAUGACCCCUCCAGGGGCAGCAGCCCCGGCACGGCCUCCGACGGAGACCGGUGGGGCGCGGGGAGGGGGCCGCCGGAGGAGGGCAACUUCACCACCACCACGGUGGAGAUGCACGAGCCCCCAGCGAUGGUCGGCACGGACCCUCGCAGGCUCAGCCGGGCCAGUAAGAGCAGCAGCAUCAGGGCCAGGCCGAGCGACCUGGCUGUGUGAUCCCUCUGGCCCCGCCACGUCCUUAAACCAACCUAGCCCCCACCCCCACCAGCAAACAUAGAGAUCAACCAUUUAAAAAACAAAUCACAUUUUCAUAAAGCAAAAACAAAACAAAAAAACUAAACAAAGAAAAAUGAGCAAAAAAAAACUAAAAAAAAAACCACAAAACAA